AUGAAUGGGCAGGCCCGUCCGGCCAAACGUGUGACGUCGGAACUCGGUAUGUCAGGUGGUCAUCUAUUGGUAUUGGACCGUGCUGGCCGUGAGGUGAAACAAUUUGACCUUUCUUCUGGCUUGGCUACAUUGGGAAGUGAUCCCUCAUGCGAUAUUCGUAUAAUGCUGCCAAGUAUCCGACCUCAUCAUGCAACAAUUGUUGUGCAUGCUAACCAAUCGUUGAUUCGCAAUGUGGGCUCCGGAGAAACACUGCUGAACGGCGUCAGCAUAAGCGUAGCAGCGCUACGACAAGAGGACGUAGUGUCUCUGGGCGGGCGCGAGCUUCGCUGGCGCUACACACACCCUGCGCCACAUCACGCCCGCCGCCGUCCGGACUCACCAGCGCUGCAGAUGCGCGGUGCGCGGGGGCAGCGUGGGGGGCGCGGCCGCCGCUCCGAAGGGGCACGCACACAAGCGGCACCGCACCACCACCGCGAUUCGGCACCAGCUGCUAUAACCACCCGUCAAGUAGCAAUUGUGCAACCACAGAGAAGGGAUACUUCCGAUCAUAUCGAAUCGGUUUCAACCUCGGCUGUCUCUGUCGUUACUAAUGUUCGACGCCGCGGGACUGUCAAAAGCAAUGCAGAAUUGGACACAUCUUUGAACAAGUCAAUGGAAGAACAAAAUAAAUCAAGAUCUCCAAAGAAUUCUCAUAUUAAUUUACAAAAUACCACAAAAGCUACAUUGUGGAUUGAAUCGAGAAAGAGCAGUCCCAGGAAGAGUUUAAAAGAAAUUUCAACCCGUUCCUCGAUUACACCAAAGAAAGCUUAUUCAGCAAAAAAAAGCACUCCACUUAGGAUGACUGUGUUGAAGAAAGCUCAAAGUGUGCAAAAAAUGAGGGUUACAAAGAUUCAAGCACCUUUGACAAUUGAUCACACAAAGCAAGCGGCGAUUAUGUUGAUGGCCGGCCAUACGCCUAGGCAGAAGGGGCGCAGCCCCACGCAGGGUGGUGCCAGGCGGGCCACCUUCGUCGUGGGCAAGCGCAGCCCCCGCCCCAGAGGCCGUCCACCUAAGAACUCCUUGCCGGUCAGGGCGAGUGCGGCGCGAGCCGAUUAUUUAGAGGGAAAUUUCCCUCGAAAGACCAUUAUAGAAUCUUCGGAUCGAUCUGCAUCGGUGCUGGAGAUAACGGACUCCGACACCGGACGAUCGGCGAUGAGCGAGAGCGAUUCGGCGACGCCGCCGCCGCCCGGCCAGAGGAAGUCGGCGCUCAGGGACCCGAGCGCGAGGAAGGGCGCCAGGAGGUCGGAGUCGAUCAAGUUCGACCUGAGCAACCUGGGCGGCGGGCGGGCGCAGGCGAGGGCGCGCGCCAUGCUGCGCCGCACGCUGGGCGCCGAGGCCGUGGCGUCGCCGGGCGGCGCGGCCCGCCCGCCCCCGCCGUCGCCCCCGCCGCCGGCCCGCUCGCCCCUCGGCGCGUCGCGCGGCGGGCAGCUGCUGCGCAGGGCGCUGCAGGCCGCCAGCCCCCUCGACUCGUACUCGCUCGUGGACCUGGUGUCGGUGGGGUCCGGCAGCUCGCGCUCCCUCUACGGCUCGGCGUCGGAGGCGUCCGAGGCCGGCUCCUCGCGCUUCGCCACGCCGAGCCCGGCCGGGGCGCGCGGCCCGUGCGCCUCCACGCCCGCCCACGGCCCCUUCGCCCGCUCCGAUCGUUCAGAUCGUUUUCGAGGUGACGUCACGUUCGAUAUCACUAAGGAAAACGUUUCUUACGACGAAAUUUCAUCCGCUGUUAGAAGCACUAAAGCUUCUUUCGGCUCCGGGAGAUCUAGGAAGACAAGGUCUGCCUCGGCCCAAGUUAGCAUUUCGGACAAUAUAACAAUAAAUACGACUAGAUCUUCUACUACGAGUUUGAAUCCUUCACAAAUAAGCGAAAUUGAAAUGGUAUCAGCGAGAGGUACUCGGUCAAAGUCUGAAAGUCCGGUUCACGAUGGCGCUUCUACGCCCAGGAACCAAAAGAGUCCCGAAGAGGUGGGAACGCCCGUGUUGAGUAUCCAAAGUCUUUUAGAUUCUACGCAAAACACAACAUUACAACAACAAUCGAGGAAGAAAGGCGUUUCGAGAAUUAUAAUAAAAAGGAAAACUGUAGGCAGCCGACUGUCCGGACCUAGAAAACGUGGGAGCAUAAAAUCUAAAUCGCUCAGCCAUGGUACCAGAGAAUCUCCUAGAUCAAAAGGGUCAAUGAGUUCUCCUAAUGAAUCUGAUAUGACAGCAGAUGUGUCACAGGACGAUGGAGAUACAACACCAAAGAGUGGCGUGAAAUUGAUCCAAGAAGCUGUAAAAAAUAAACAUUCAACAGCUAAGAAACCUAAGUCAAAACGGUCCAUAAUAGACAAUCUUAACGAGUCCGAUAUCGUUAAGCAGCUUUUCAAUAGCCCCGUCAAGAGGAAACUCUCCCAGAGUAUGAUUGAGUUUUCUAGAAAACAGCUCUUGGAAGAAGACACGAGUCCGGCAAAGAGACCAACACGAAAUACCAUCGCUUUGGGCGGUAGAACGCCUGAUAAUUCGAUUUUAGACCAAUCACAAGCUUUCACUCCAGAAAUUUUCGUCAGCCCUCUAAGUACACCAAGCAGCAGUCCUAAUGUUGUUGGCUUGAAACGAUUGUUUGCUAAGACCACUCCUGAAAAUGAUCUUCGCAACGUGAGGGGCAUUAAAAAACUGUUACAAACGCCAAGAGUAAGACGCUCUGUUAGAAAUGACCUUACCCAAGUGUCUGGCGUGAAGUCAGUGUUUGCGCGGUCGCCUAGAAAUCGUUUGAGUGACGUUGGAAUUAAAGAGGUAUUUGCAGCAUCGCCGCAAAACGAUCUCAGACGAGUUUCUGGUGUAAAAUCACUUUUUCAAUCACAAAAGAAAACUAAAUCACCAAAGAAUGAUCUAGGAGACGUCGCCAAUGUGAGAAAUUUAUUUAAGAAGAACAGUCCCCGUAAUGACUUAGGUAACGUUUCGGGAGUCAAAAGAAUAAUGCGAAGAAAUUCCCCAAAGAACGAUUUGGGAGAUGUUAGAGGCUUACGUACGCUGUUCCACUUAGAGAAACAGCGCGAGGAUUUGAACAAUAUAAGUGGCAUCGAGGAAUUGUUUAGUGAGUCUCAUCAAAAUUCAAAUGUGACUGAUGCUAAUUCAGAUAAUUCGUUCAACUUGCUCAUCGGUAAGCCAGCUGUGAGGGCCUAUCCAAAAGCUAAAAGUUUUUCAACACAAUCUGUUCAAAAACCUAAAACACGUAAGACCAAAUCCUUCCAAACGUCAUUCAGUUUGAUAAGUAACAACGUAGAGGAUUGGUUGGAAAAUGAGUUGAGGAAACGAAUGCACAAAGACGAUGUAAAGACACCUGCGAAAAAGCAGCUUGAUAAAUCCACCGAAGAAAAUGCCUCUGUUUCCACAUCUAAGUCCAACAGAUCUAGUAGUAUUGCUCUAAGAGAAAAGACUGCAUCCAGAAGGAAAUCAGAAAUAUCAAGGUCUGGAGUAAAAGGAAGGAAAACUACGUAUGAAAACACUGAAGAUAUUACAGCAGGUAAUGACAUAUUUGGAGGUAAUAAAUCCGGUGUUAAUGCCUCCAACACCUCCGUUAUCAAAACUAAGAAUAAAAGCAACCAAUCACGUGAACUCCUCAAACUGGCGACCGACACCGUCGAGGGGAAUGCGUCAGUGUUAACAACGAGGAUUAGAAAUAGCACGCUCACUAAAACAUCUUCCAUCGAUGCGGCUGACCGAAAAAAAUCUACAUCGGAAAUCUACGGCGCGCACACGCUGCCGUUAAAGAAGAGGUCACUCGUGGACACGUCCGGGAACAGAAAUGGCGAGAGGAACAUUCUGCCGAUCAAGAAGAGAGCGGUGAUGCAUUCCACCCCGGUGAAGGGCAAGGUGAAUAUGACCAUGAACGCGUCAGAAAUAGGGCGCGUGUCGCCCAUAGCGCCCCUCGCCGCGGAGCGCCGCUUCGAGGCAGAUGCCACCAGAAGUACCGAGACAUCCAAGAAUAGUCCUAAGCGAAAACAGUUACUGGCAGAAAAUGUUAAAUUAGUUCCAAUAGCUGACAAAAGCAAAGAAAAAAGUCCAGCUCCCGUGAGGCCUACACGAGGUCGUAAGACGAAACAAAGUUUAGAUGCGAAUAACGUUAAGAAGCGCAAAUCGUCCAUAGUUAUCACCAAAAAAACACUUCGCCUUAGCUCAAAGCCCUCAUCAAAGAUUUCCAUGGAAGAACCUCCUGUGGUUGCUAAGACUAUGAGGAGAACGAGAGCAAGAAAUGUUACUGGUGAAAAGGUGUCAGUACAGGAAAAUAAAGGAAUCGACAUUGAAAGCGCAAAAGUGAAGUCGAAAAGUCAAACUAACUUCGGAAAGUACAAGAAGGCAAGUACUAUAAACCAACCUUCCGAAGAGAAUGUACCAAAAUCAAGGAAAACGCGUGGACAAAAAGUUUCUCCGAAAAAAGUUGAAACUCCAAAAAAAAUUACGAGAAGUAAAACAUCAAGAAUAGGCGUAGUUAUAACUAAACCUUCUCCACUUAUGAAGCCGAGCACAAAGAAACAAGUAAAAUUAAAUGAGGCACAAGAGUCUUUGCAGAUAAAAUUUCCAAGAGCGCGUCACGCUAAUAAAGCAUUAACAAAUAACCAACUUGAAAGCAAUCCAAAGAAUUCGUUAUCAAAAGACCACAACAGUAUUGAGAAAAAAUCUAAAACUGAGGGCGGAGUAGAAAAGAGAAACACAAGAAAUAUGAAAAAGGAGCAGAGUACAGCAUCUGCACAAAAAUCAAGAAUUAACGAAAAAGAAUUGGAUGAGGAAGCAGAAACAAACAUAAAACCGAAGAGGGGCCGGAAAACUAUUGCUAAAGCUAAUACACAAGAGGAGAUUGAAGAAAAUAACAUGCAAACCAGACCCGUUCGAAACACAGGAAGACAGACUGCCAUUGAACAAAGUAAGCCAAAAUUGAAAAAAGAAUCACAAGAGUCUAUUAAUAAGAAGAAAAACACAAAGACUACAAACAGUGUUCCUUCAGAAGGUACUAGAAGAGGACGCAAAAGGAAAAUUACUGUUGAGGAAUCUCCAGUUAAAGUAAAGAAGUCUAAAAAGGAAGACAUAAGCAAAAAAAGCCAAGGGAAAAAAGUUGAGCAGGAAUCUUCAGAACCUAAACAGAAAAAUCCUAGAGGAAGACCUAAGAAAAAAAUGGAUACUUUAGAGAGCAGUCUAAAUGAAGAAUCAGUAAAUCAAUCUAAACCGAGAAGAGGUGGAGGAAUUGUGGAAUCAGAGCCUUCAGAAGUUGGCAAAUCUCGGAUUGCUGGUAAGAAUAGAGGAAGGAACAAAAUUAACCAUGAGAAAGAUGAAGUCAAGAUUGUCCGGGGAAGGAAAAAGCAAUCCGUAGAAGUAAAAAUUACCCAGACCAAAACAGAAAUAAAAACGAGGAAGAGGAGAGGGGAAGGGGACACUUUGCCGGAAAGCAUUGAGCCCACUGAAAAGAAACUGGAGAAAGGGGAUUUGAAAAUUACUCGACGACAGAAGGAAGCCGAACCUGACAAGCCCUUGGUAGGACGAAAGCGGAAAGCUGACACAUCUUCCGCCAAAGUUGUACAACCAGUGCAGCCUUCAAAGUCGCGUAAAACCAAUGUGGCUAGUCCCAAAGAUAAAAGAGGGCGAAGCAGUAAGAUUCAAGAGCCCCAAAAGCCAGCUGCACGCACGCGACGUAGG